UCGUUCAUUAAUUUAAGAGCAGCUGUUACCUUCGAACAAAGCAUACAAAGCAUAUUAAGUUUAAAAUGUCAUCACCUACUCAAGAAAUUGAACUUUUAGAACGCGUUCUAUUGCGCUUGGGUUGUGCAAACACAGACGAGAAACUAGAGGCAUGUGUAGGACGUUUUUUGACACCAGUGAUUUUGAAAAUCAUAUCGCCACACGAAAAUGUCCGCAACAAGGUCGUGGAAGUUCUGACUCAUAUCAAACGUCGGAUUACAUCUAGACCUCAAAUACAAAUACCGGUAGAAGCAUUAAUCGAUCAAUAUCAAGCAAACUCUAAUACACCCUUUUUACAAAAUUUUGCUAUAAUAUUUAUAACGACGGGCUAUCCUCGUUUAACGCUUGAGCAACGUAGUUCUCUAGCUGCUAAAGUAGUAAGCUGUGAAGAAAAAUUGGAAAACUAUCAGGAUAAGCUUUUUAUGUUGGUGUUAGUAGAUUUGGGAGACUUGCUUUUACCUGACGAUCCCGAGGAACGCAAGAAUUUUUUAAAACUGGACAAUAAACCAGCUUUAAAGCGCAACUUCUUACACUUAUUGCAAGAUGUAUUACUGUUGCCCUACGGUGUUACUCAAGAUCGGGAUGUUCCGGCGGGUUUAAGCCCGUAUGCCUUUAAGCGUCUUAUGAUUAAUAAAUGGAAGGCAGAAGAUUUAGAAAAGAUCAAAAAAGGUAUAGUGCGCUUUAUCUGUGCGGGAAUAUUCACAGAUAAAGAGAUCUUCAUAUUAUUGAUAGUGGCUUCCGCUGAUACCCGCUUCAGUGUAGCAACUCCAGCUUUGGCUGAGCUCAGCAAGGUCUGCACGAUGAUAGAUUUUACAGAUCACAUCGUAACUAUGCCGUUGUACAUCUUAUUCUCUGGUAACAAUGCUGCUCAGUUAGAGCGUAAAACUACACCUUGUUGUGCCAGAGUUGGCCAAAAGUUAUUAAUAUAUCUAAUCAGAUGCCGCGGUAAAGCCAUCAAUGCCGCCAAGGGCAUACAAGUGAUAUUUGAAGGUUUAUUUGGUGAAAAUACUAAUCAGAAGUGCAAGGUCUUAUCUUUACAAUUUGCCGAAAUCUUGAUAAAGGAAGGGCCCGCGGAUAUUAUUAAUAAAGUAUCGAAAGUCUUAUUAACCGGUUUUAAUAAAUUGAUUGAUAAGGAAUCUGCUGAGCCCACAGACGUACAAAGCGCUGCAUAUUCGGCUUUAGCUCAAUUAUCUCGCACUUGUCCUAACGUCAUUAAUCAGGAUUUGAAAAUUGUUUUGGCUUAUUUUCAACACUUGACUAAUUCUACACCAGAUCUCCACAGCUCGAUUAGAGAAGCUUUGGUAGCUAUGGCGCCAGCAUUUGUCUGGAAGCCGGACAAGAACCAGAUUGGAAAAUCCAAGGAAGAUUUCCAACUUAGCGGACAACAGCAUUUACUUAUGGCUAUGCUAGCAGACAACGCCGAAUCCAAAUUGCAUAUUGUACAAAAUGUAACUAGUAUUUUCUUGACAACCUGUUUCCCAGAAUACUUUGCACCGGCCAGAUAUUUGUUGCUCUUAAUAGCUGGAGAAAGGAAUUCCUUAAGAGAAAAUGUUACUUCAUAUUUAUAUGGUGUCUCGAGAAAGGACCAUAUCAACUACAAUACGCUAAUAUCUGCAGAUCAUUAUGAGGAACAAACUAUGGAGGAGUUAAAAAAAACUCGUAAUGAAGAAAAAAUUGUGAUUUUGCCCAGUUUCCAAGCUGUGAUGCGGCAUGUCAAUGAUAUGGCACAAAAGAGAUUAAGUAAACUUGUGAAUUGUGUUGUAGUUGGUCGUACCGAUUUGGCGUAUCCGUUGGAUACCUACGAAGAGAUACUAGAUUAUUUACGCUUAUGCUUGUGGUAUUCUGCCGGUGCCGUCUGUGCUCCCGGUGAUGUAAAAUACCUUAACAAGCUUAAACGCUACAUUAUCAGUAACUACGAAGAAUCAGAUAAUAAUGAAUUAUAUCAAUACGUACAAUUUGUUAAACGCAGUGUGGAAGCCAAAAGAUGCGAAUCAAAUCUUUUGUGCUUACAUGAUUUACUAAACGCUGCUCCGGAAUUGUUGGCCUCUUCGUUGCUUUAUCUUCUAGAACCUUUGAAUAAUUCGUUGAAAGAUGUCGCGGAAAUAAUGCGUAUACAAGUAGCUCAAGUUGUAGGCAUAUUAUGGGCUUACGGACUCGAUGAUCGGGAAUUUGACGCUAAUGUUAAAGAAUGCUUGGAGGCUUUACCACAACGUUCAUUGGAACAUAAGCAUGGUUGGCUGUUAGUUCUUGGCCAUGCCUUGAGUAAAAAAAUAAGAUAUCUCAUCAUACAACGUCAAACAAAGAAUUUCGCUGAAUGGCAAAAUUUUGUAGACGCUGUGAAAGUUAUGGCUAAAAUGUUAUGCGAGAAUCAGUGGCUUUUAGUGUUAGCAGCCGUCAAAUGUUUUUCCAUGCUAGGCAAAUGCGUGCAGAUACCAAAUGUAAACGUGGAGAUUACUAUACCUAAGGAGGAAGAAGCUGAUGAUGAUGAAGAAAUGAAGGAGUGUAACACUCAAACUACUUCCACAAAACUAAUCAUAUUUGGAGUAGUAUUUAAUCUGUUGCGAAGCACUAGCGUACGUUUGAAGAUACGAGAAGAAGCCGCAAAGUGUUUAGGGAAUUUAGCCAUAGGAGAUGGCGACUAUUUCACCCAGAGGAAUCUCGAUAGGUUUUUAUCAAUAGUUAAGGUGCCUAAAGAUGCUGCGCUUAAUAUAGCCAUAGCGGAUGCUUUGUCUUGCACUUUAUGUGGUUAUGACAUCAGUGAAGGACCACCGUGUGAAGAAUUCUUCAAUCCUUAUUGCAGUGAUGCAGAUUUUGAAAGCUUCCUUAAAUCUCUAAUACGUCUGGUUAAAGAACCUAACCCUAACGCCAGGCAGGCUUGUUCCGUGUGGCUAUUAGCAGUUGUUAAGCAUUGCAAUUAUAGACCGGACAUUUUGAAUAAGAAACAAAUGUUGCAAAGCGCUUUUACAGAGUUGCUUUCGGAUGAUAGCGAGUUUGUACAAGAUGUAGCUUCGCGUGGCUUGAGUUUGGUUUACAAUCUUUCUGAUGCUUCCAGCCAAAACGAAUUGGCCAAUUCUUUGCUCAAUCAACUAAUAGGUGGCAAACGCGCAGUCAAUCAAGUAGCCGAGGAUACCGAACUUUUCGCUGAAGAUAUGUUGGGCAAAACUCCUAGCGGUGGCAAUAUAACGACCUACAAGGAACUGUGUUCUUUGGCCUCUGAUCUAAAUCAACCGGAAAUGGUCUAUCAAUUUAUGCAACUGGCUAAUCAUAAUGCAGCUUGGACUAGUAAGUUGGGAGCCGCGUUUGGUUUGAAGUCUUUAUCAGAUGAAUCAAAAGCCAAACUUAAACCUUAUUUGGGUAAAAUUGUACCUCGUCUGUAUCGUUACAAAUAUGAUCCGACACCGAAGAUCCAAAACUCGAUGAUUUCAAUAUGGGAUUCAAUAGUAACUGAUCCCAAAGAUGUGAUUGAACAGUAUUAUUGGCAAAUUUUACGCGAAAUUCUAGAUAAUCUGACAUUCAACGAGUGGCGUGUACGCAUAGCCUGUUGUUUGGCAGUGAGAGAUCUGCUAAAACGUCCUAACGGCUUGCGAUUACGCAGCGAAGAGAAAAAUGUAAAACAGGACGCAAUGGAUGGAAAGACUUCUGAUACAAAAAUGGAUGUCGACGAAGUACCCGAGCCUGAACUUAAGGAGCUCUGGUCGCAAUUAUUCCGAGUAAUGGAUGAUAUCCACGAAGGUACACGCCUGGCUGCAUCCGGAACCGCUGUGUUCUUAAGCAAGUUAUGCGUGGUUGCUGCCUCAGCAGAUCAUGGUGGAAAAUCCGGCACGGCGGUCGCUGCGUCCGUAUUACCAUUACUUCUUGAGACUGGUGUUGGUCAUGUUGUGGCUGAAAUUCGCAAAAUUAGUAUUAAAACCAUUUCGGAAAUGAUUGAUUCUUCGGGCGCUUUAAUAACACCGCAUUUGCCUUCGUUGGUGCCGUGUUUAUUAAAAGCCACCGGCGAGGUAGAAUCCGCCAAGCUUUCGUAUUUGUCAGCACGUUUGGCCGUAGACCACGAUGCUCAAGAAUCGGUAGACUCUCUUAGAGCAGAAGCUGCCAAAACUCAUCACACUACUGAAACUACAGCCAAGUGCGUACGCUUCAUUGAUUAUCAGGCAUUGGAGAAGAUGACGCCAGCCAUUUUAGAUCUUUGCAAGACGAGUGUUAAUUUGGGCACAAAAAUAUCCUGCGCUCAUUUUAUAUGUCUAAUAAGCAUACGACUAGGCAAAGAGAUGACGCCUUUGGUAGGCAAAUACCUCGGUGUUUGUUUUAUUGGUCUCAAGGAUCGUAAUACUACGGUACGCAAGUAUUAUGCCAGCGCUAUAGGACAUUUAUUCGGUAUAGCGAAAGAGCAAUCUAUUAAAAACCUUUUCGUUAAGCUUGAUGAGCUCUAUAUGGAAAGCAAUGUUCAACGUUCAGUUGCUUUGGUAAUUCAGUCUAUUAAUAAACGUCAUCACGAAUUGAUCAAAGAUUAUUUGGAAAAUGUUGUUGCUUUGAUUUUCUUCGCUAUGCACGAGGAGCAAAAUGAAGAAAAUAAAUCUAAUAUAGAGCUGUGGCGAGAUUUAUGGCAAGAAAUCACUCCCGGAGACGCUAGUAUACGUUUAAAUCUUAGCGUUAUUAUACCGAAAUUGGAAAAUGCUCUAAACGAUGCCAGCUGGUCGCGAAAAACUCAAGCGGCAAAUGCUGUUCAAACCAUAGCUGCGCGUUUAGAUAACACGUUACCAGAAAAUGAACGUCUACGUUUAAUUAAUGUUCUCUUGACAAGCUUACAUGGUCGCACGUUUCAGGGCAAGGAAAGGCUACUGCAAGCCUUGGCUACCCUUUGCAAAGGAUUGGAUCGUAAAAAUGAAGCUUGCGAACAUAUCGUUGAAGCAGCUAUGAAAGAAUGUCGUAAAGAAGAACCGCAAUACCGCAGCAUGGCUUUGAAAAGUCUGGGUGAUAUACUCGAAGAACUGGAAGUCGACCGUUUUGAGGAAGUUUAUAACAUGACUUGGCAUUUGUUGGUAAAAAAACCACAACGUCAAUCGUCCGAUUCAGAUGAUAAUAAUGACGAUUUCGGUAACGAUAAAGAUCUUACAACCGACGAGCGUAAUAAACGUUUAAAUAUCGUAAAUAAACUCAAAGAAGUUAUAUUUGAAACCUUAGGUAAAUCGUGGCCCAAAAAUUCUGUGCAAACUCAAUUUAAAUACCAGCAACGAUUUGCCGAAAGUUGCUCUCAAUGCCUCAAAGAUAACAUACGCUCCGUUCAAGUUAGUUUGAUGAUAGCUUUGACUAAAUUUCUGGAACGUUUGCAUGUUUGGAAUAAUGAUAAUUCGUUAAAAAUUGAAGAGAGUCCUGGCAAUAAAGAAAAAAAAAUUAAAGUAGAUCAACAGUUGGAGCGUGAUUCAGUAAUAGAGACGAUUUUGCAACACGUCUUAUCUGCAGUCACCUAUGCUGCUGGAAUACCUCAUACUGGUUUAAGAAAGGAAGCGUUAAAUAUAAUUUUGGUUCUCAUUAAGCAUCUCAGUGGGGUCAAACACUUAGCUAUUGUUCGAGAGAAUUUUGAGGAAAAUCUUAGCAAAUUUCAAAAGGAUUCAGCGCCAGAAAUACGCUGCCGGCUUAAAGAUAUUGAAGAAAAAUUCACUAAAUGCGGUUUACAUACUCAAGAUUAAUUGGUAAAAAUUUAAUUUAUGUGAUUCUAUGAUGUUUUAUAUAAG